UUUGAUGGGGAGGGGAGCUGUAGAUUUUAGGGGGAGGAGAACUGCAGACAGUUCCAAAGAGGCUUGCCAGAGAAGUGGCUGAAGUUAAGAUCUGCACUCCAGGAUAAACCACAGCCGCGUUCAGGAGGACCUUGGGGUGGCGGGAGAGAAAAAUAGAUGGAAGCAGGUGGGACCUCUCUGGAAGUUCAACCCAAAGAGACAGAACCACCCCCAACGAUUCCAGAUGACUCAGAAAUUCAGCCAGAGAGGAAAAUGGCUGCGGCCGAAAAGCAGACCAAUGUAUCCAUCGACAGUGAAGAUGUCGGUCAGGUGAUCCUAGCUGAGUCCCAAGCAGCAGUGGAGAGGAGACAGAAUGAAUGCUACACAUGCGGGAAGAGUUUUAGUUCCAAAUCCCGCCUCAAAGUCCACCAGAGGAUCCACACGGAGAGGCGGCCCUAUCAAUGCCGGGAGUGCGGGAAGGGCUUCCGGCAGAGCGGCCACCUGUCCCAGCACCAAAGGAUGCACACCGGGGAGAGGCGCUACAAAUGUUUGGAGUGUGGGAAAAGCUUUAGCCAGAGCACCUAUUUCAUCUUGCAUCAGAUCACCCACACGGGAGAAAAACCGUUCACUUGUCCGGAGUGCGGGAAGAGUUUCAGCCACAGCCGGAAGCUGACGGUACAUCGCGCCAUCCACACGGGCGAGAGGCCUUACCGAUGUCUGGAGUGUGGGCAGAGUUUCAGCCAAAGCACCCACCUGACUUCCCACCAGAGGAUCCACACCGGAGAGAAGCCGUAUCGGUGCGCCGAGUGCGGGAAGUGCUUCAAUCAGAGCGCUCAUUUGACUCUGCACCGGCGGAGCCACACGGGAGAAAAACCCUACCGGUGCCUGGAAUGCGGGAAGUGUUUCAGCCAGAGCCCGCACUUAACUCUACACCAGAGAAUCCACACCGAGGAGAAAAUUUAUAAGUGCUCCGAGUGCGGGAAGGGAUUCCACCGGAGCGAUCACCUGAUCUCGCACCAGAGGAGUCACACGGGGGAGAAGCCAUAUCGCUGCUCCGAAUGCGGGAAGGGUUUCAGCCGAAGUUCAAUCCUGCAUAAACAUCAGAGAAUCCACAGAGAUGCAGAAACAUCAGUCUGAAUUUUUCUCAACGCUGAACUAGAUGGGCAGAACUUUUGAGGGUCUCUGGUUGUUUCGAAGAUUGCUUGACAGCUUGCGGUCUGGUGCCUAGUUAACCUUUUAAGCCAGGGGUC